CCGGGACCUUACAAGAAAGUCCAUAUCGAAAGCAAUCGCUGUAACGGUUUCUGCUCAGUGCACAGAUCGAGGUACAGUACUGGCGCAACAAUGACAACGCAAGAGCAUCUUGUCGAGUUCGAAGGUGUGUCACGCUUCUACGAACCUGGCAGCGACGUCAACGUGAAAAUCAGGAAAUCGGCGGCAUGGAAGUACGCGAAACACAGUGACUGGGUCGGCAUCUUUCCAGUGGGAUGGAAGAGCCUCAAAGACUGCGUCACGUUCGUCUACGUCAAGAAGAUGGACGCCGUCGCCUUUCAAAGCGCCGCGCUGUCGCACUCAUUUUCCGACUCGUUCUAUCAGUUUGUCUACGUUUCGGCGGACGGCGCCGUUCUCGCUACGAGUUAUCCGUUUCAAUUCCUAAUACCGUUUGAUGACGUCACACUGACAGAUCUAGACUCCGAGGAAAUAGUGUUGAUACGGCCGAAGCAGCUGCACUCUGGUGAUGUAGAUGCGAUUCCAGUGAUAGAGAGCGCGUCGAGGGAAUGCGAGGGUGCUUCAAAGAUUUUGAGUGAAGGAAUGGUUGGUAGGUCUGUCAGUUGCUCGGGCGUCGAGACUCAAACAUCAAUGUCCAUCUCUGCUCCUUCGUCGGGCGUUUUCCUACCUCACGAGAGUUUGGAGUCGUUGAAACGAGAUCGGGACAAAUACAUGAAGCAAUUUCGUCAGGAGCAAAAAAUUAGCAAAAUGCAAGAGAAAAAUUUCUUGGAACUCCAGAACAAGUACGAAACGGUUGUCAAGACAACGAAAGCACUUGAAGACGAGAUCGAGACGACACAUCGUAGAGUGUGGAAUUUGGAGGCUGAAACUUUGCAGUUGAAGGAAUCGUUGAGCGUGGCAUUAGAUGACAAAACCGGUUUGGAAAAGGAAGUCGAUCGACUUGGUCGACUUGUGGCCGAAUUGUCACGGCAAAAUCGUUGUCAGAGUGAACAUGCUCAUAAGCUGAAGGCAUCGCCGGCAGAAGCUGUUGAUCUGUCUUCCAUUUUGGAUAUGGAUAUUCACAUUGCCCGACCUCCACCAUACUGUGUACCAGGUGCCAGUAUUUUGAACCAUGUGAGCCCAAUGUCACCGCAUGAUUACGAUCAGAGCGACCCAACUCGUCAGUUGGUGUCGAUAUUAAGCGACGAUGGUAAGGAAUUAGAAUGUCCCAUAUGUAAGAAGAGAUUCCCGAAGUCGUUCGGUUCUACAUCUUUCCAAAUGCAUGUAAACAUGCACUUUCAGUAGUGCACACUAGUGUAAUGUGUAUCUAGCACACUAGACUGUCGUUGCAUGUGAAUAUGAACUGCACCUGUUUAAAUAGUGCAAUAAUUACCAUAUCAAAUGAUUACAUUUCUGUUAGUUGAAAUUAGUACAGACGUUGGUUUAUAUUAUUGGUAAAUACCAUAGUAAUAUGACAUGUAGCGUGCGCUAUAGAUUGCCUCUGUAACACUAAAUUCGCUUUGCAUGACAUUGAUGGAGCUAAAUUAGUCAUAAGACUCAAUUCAUGAGUGAAGCAAAUAGUCAUAAGACUCAUUUCAUGAGUGAAGCAAAGCUUCACAGGUAGCUUUUUGUCGCGGGGGCCCCAU